GAAGCGGAGGUCCAGGCGCGGAGCACAGGGGCCGGACCGGGGCCCGGCUGCCGGGCGGUCCUGGCAGGGCGAGGAACCGAGGGGCCGGCAGCCACCGAGAGGGUUCUGAAUGUAGGAAAUAUGAAUGACUGGCAGAGCAAAAGCCCUCUAGAAUGGAAAAUGUAUGUGAACAAAAUGGUGAAGGUUGUUGCGGUUGAGAAACAUGAGUAUGAAGGAUGGGUUUUAACAGUGGAUCCAAUUUCUGCCAGUAUCAUCCUCGCAACAUACUUGGAGAAUGAAAAAGUGUCCAUAUCAGUUGUGUUGGGCCCUGCUGUCCAGAAGGUCGAAAUACUAAAAGAAGGGGAUGAUGAAAUGAAGCAACGUCUUUCCUCCAUAUUUGCACCUGAGGAAAGCAAAGCCUACAGCCCUGAGGAACUUGAAGAGAAGAAGAACUGCUUAAAGACUUGGCUAGAAACAAACCACAUCCCUGUAACAGAGCAGGGUGAAUCAGGGAGAACACUGUGUGUGGCGGGGGUAUUAACUAUUGACCCACCAUACGGCCCAGAAGAGUGCAGCAGCUCCAAUGAGAUUAUUCUGUCACGGGUUCAAGGGUUGAUACAGGGUUAUCUUGAGAAACAACAGUGAUGUCUGCUGUUCAGAGCAUUUUCUGUAGAAUGGGUCUACCUGCCUGAUUUUAUGAACUGUUCUGCAUACCAGUAUUCACUAUUUACAAAAAUACUGGGUUUAAGUACUUUUAAAUGAUUUUUGUAUGUCAAGAAAGGGAUCAAACAAGCAGUGUAGACUAAAAGCACAAAGCAUUUUCCAUACACUGUUUUUUUAUAAAAAGUAAGCCAUUGGAUAAGGUUGAUUUAUUAAACUGACACUUGUUUACUGUGUCAGUGUCAAGCUUAUAUAUCAGUUUAAUAAGUAUUUUUUGUCAUGGUAUUGUGAAAGAUGGUAAGUGAUUAAUUUAAAAUUUAGAGUUCCUGUUCUGAUUUAAAUUUUUCCUCUGCCUUUAAAAUCAGUUCAUUAUCUAGUGAUAUAGGCAUGUUUAUUUGAACUGCUUAUUAGAAUUUAUUUUUUCAGAAAGAGAACUGUGACACUUGGAUUUCCCAAACCAGAUGAACCUCACAACUUUGCUCCUGUUGUAGAACAUGAAUUGUAAUGUGAGCUCAAAUUUGUAAAAUUAUUAUAGAUUUAGAAGGCAAAUAUCAGGUUCUAAAAACAUUUGCUAUCUAUAUUUGUUAUUUUAAAGCAGCAGUGACUGGAAAUAACUUUUUUUCCUUAGAAAGAGAAUUCCUUUUAGUUCAAUAAGUUUGUGGUUCCCAAUGCUUUGUUUCUAUUUUACGGCAACAUGGAACAAUGUAAAAAUUGUUACAUGAUUACUGAGAUGAUUAUUCCAUUCAGGAGACUUUAGAGCCCUCAUUUAUCUCUUAGUGUAUGUAUUUGUUGUCUUUUUAGGAAGCAGCAGCAGCAAUAUAUCCUCACAUGCAUUUGAAAAGUCUAACUGUUCUUAAUAAAAGGCCCUCCUCAUUGUUGCUAGGA